UCCAGAAGGGGGACUUAUUUUCAUAGCAGAAGUCCUAGGCAGAGCAUUAUGGACGCCAGCGCGGAGCGUGUUUUGGAAUAUCUUACAGAGGUGGAAGAAGCUGCUGAAGAUGUUCUCUCAGACAAACAACAGAUAGUAGACCUCGACAAGAGAAGAAACUCGAACAGAGAGGCACUCAAUGCCCUACGAAAACACAUGUCCGGGGAGGACAAAGCGAAAGUUUGUUUGGGCAACAUGAUUAUUAGAUUUCCAAAAGAUAAAACCAUCCAGAUGAUUGAAAGAGACCAAGAGCAGCUUGAUAAGGAGAUCUGUGAUCUCCGCAACCGACUGAAAGACAAGGUGAACCGACUCCAGGAGCUGCAAGGGAAACCUGAACUGGAAGGCUACAACCUCUGCCCUCUCUCCAAUGAGGAAAUGAAGGCAAUAAGCAGCAUCCUGAGGACGUGACCCCCCCCCCCCCUUUACACACACACACACACACACACACACACACACACACACACACACACACACACACACACACACACACAUAUGUGUACACACACACACACAGGGAUCGGACUGCUUGUUCAGGGUGCGCUCCAUCAUGGGUAGCGGGGGCGAGCUAGUGAGCGGGUGGGUGGGUGCUUACCUAUACGGGUGGCAUGGGAACCUGAGACUGUCAUCACAAGCCUGUAAUCUCCCCCAGCGGGAGAGACAUGACUUCAGAUUGCCACCGUCUCGUCUCCCGCUGAACUCCUUGCCUUGCCGCUCCAUCAUGGAGUGGUGCAAGUAGCAAAAAAUAAAAUAAAAGUUGAAAUUCAAUAUUAUAUUCAGGUACACUGAAGGAGUCCCAUUACUCUCAAGGCUAAAAAUGGGAAGUCUUAAACCUUUGUUAGACAGGCCGCACCCUCCUAGUGACUCAACACCUUCAGUGUUACUUCUAAUCUGGCCAGGAGCAAUACAAAUAUAGUUUCUAAGCUCCAGAAAAAUCGGGAACUUUUCCCACUUUGUCGGGAAGCAAACAAACAGUAGCAACCCAAGGGAGGCGGUGAACCAUGCCGUUGUUAAUUGUUAUGCUCUUGGUCAGACCAAGUCGUGAAGAGAUUUGAAAGUCGAUGAUAAUCAGGCUACAACUUUGUGCUCUUCUUUAAAAUACUUACUGUUUUGCUUUUCUGUUGAUGUCUUGUGUUGAUACUGCAAAUGGGUUACAGUUGUGAUUCAGAUUAUGGCGCUGUUCAACCCAGGCCUUCUGCACUGAGACUUGUAUCAAACCUUGUCAAAUAACAAUGUAAGUUAUGAGUGAGUUGAUUGGAUGUUCGUACUUAUGUCCUGUUGCCUUUGAAUUGUUCAGUGUGCCGUGAUGACCAAUGUCAAUGUAAAUAAAAUGCCUAUCUGCAUUACA